GCUGUCAUUCUUGUCUUUUAGUACUUGUGCAACUGAACACAACAAAAGUAUGGAUAUGGGAAACCAACAUCCUUCCAUUACCAGACUUCAGGAAAUCCAAAAGGAAGUUAAAAGUAUAGAACAGCAAGUAAUCAGCUUCAGUGGUCUGUCAAGUGACAAGAAUUACAAAAAACUGGAGAGGAUUCUAACAAAGCAACUUUUUGAAAUAGACUCUGUAGAUACAGAAGGAAAAGGAGACAUUCAGCAAGCUAGGAAGAGGGCGGCACAGGAGACAGAACACCUUCUCAAGGAGUUAGAGCAGAAUGCAAACCACCCACACCGGAUUGAAAUACAGAACAUCUUCAAGGAAGCCCAGGCCCUCCUGAAAGAGAAGAUCGUGCCCUUUUACAGCGGAGGCAGCUGCAUAACUGAUGAAAUUGAGGAAGGUAUCCAGGAUAUCAUUCUGAGGCUGACCCAUGUUAAAACUGGAGGCAAGAUCUCCUUACGGAAAGCAAGGUAUCACACUCUAGCCAAAAUCUGUGCAGUGCAAGAGAUUGUCGAAGACUGCCUAAAAAAGCAGCCUUCCCUGCCAUUGUCUGAAGAUGCACAUCCUUCUGUUGCCAAGAUCAACGCUGUGAUGUGCGAAGUGAACAGGACCAGAGGUGUGGUCGUGGCCCUUCUGAUGGGCGUGGACAGUAGUGAGACUUGCAGGCACAUAUCAUGUGUGCUCUCGGGGCUGAUUGCUGAUCUGGAUGCUCUAGAUGUGUGCGGGCACACAGAAAUCAGAAACUAUCGGAGGGAGGUGGUGGAAGACAUCAACAAAUUACUGAAGUAUUUGGAUUUAGAAGAGGAAGCCGAUACUACGCACGCAUUUGACCUAAGACAGAACCAUUCCAUUUUGAAAAUAGAAAAGGUCCUCAAGAGGAUGAGAGAAAUAAAAAGCGAAUUUCUUCAAGCGCAGAACCCUCCUGAAUUGUACCUGAGCUCCAAGACAGAACUGCAGGGUUUGAUUGGACAGCUGGAUGAGGUAAGUCUUGAAAGAAACCCCUGCAUCCGGGAAGCCAGGAGACGAGCUGUGAUUGAAGUGCAAACGCUGAUCACUCACAUUGACCUGAAGGAGGCCCUGGAGAGGAGGAGGCAGGUCACCUGUGAGGAGCACCCGUCACAUAAGGCCGUGUGGGAUGUUCUUGGAAGCCUGGCAGAGAUCCAGGGAGAAGUCCUCGCAUUCGAUGGGAAUCGGACCGAUAAGAACUACAUCCGGCUGGAGGAGCUGCUGACCAAGCAGUUGCUGGCCCUGGAUGCUGUGGACCCACAGGGGGAGGAGAAGUGUAAGGCUGCCAGGAAGCAAGCCGUGAAGCUGGCCCAGAACAUCCUCAGCUAUCUCGACCUAAAAUCUGAUGAGUGGGAGUACUGAGCCGCUGGCACUUUCCAGGCCAUCUCGCUCAUUUUACACUUGAUGUACUUUUAUGUAUUUAUGGAGAGCUUUCAGCUCAUGGAGCCCAAAUGUGAUUUAUACGUGCAUAUCUCAAUCUCAGUAUUUAUGACUUAAGCAAAUUAUAUUCAGGAUCUUUGCUGCUUUUGAUGUUGCAAAACAAAUAUUAUUACAGCUCAUUAACCUUUCCAUUUGGAUCAUCCAUAUUAUGUGUGGUUUGUUUGCUUUGUUUUCUGUGUUUUGCUUGUGCGUUUUUAAUCAGAACAUGAAAUAGAAGCAGCAUUCAUAAUUUUUAAAUGGGUUGUGCAAGCAUUAAGAUGCUGAAACUUAAGGAUCUAGAAAUAGAUAAAACCUUACAUAAUAGGGAAAUCAUGAGAUGGAGGAAAUUUUUUGGUAAAGUCUAAGCAGUAGGUUUUUAUGCUAAAUAAGCAGAAGAGUUUUUUGACUUACAAGACCUGAAUGGUCCCUUUUAAGUGGGUCAUUUAUACAUUUAAAUGAGGAGCUGGGGAUUUAGCUCAGUGGUUCUGCCACCUGCCUUGCAAGCACAAACACCCGAGUUCGAUCCCUGGUACCAAACAACAAAAAAAAAAAAAUGAGGAGGGGUCGUUUGUAUGUUGUAUAGAUGAGAAGGUGGGGUCAUUUAUAUGUUAUAUAAAUGAGGUGGGGUUGUUUAUAUGUUUGUAUUGUCUGUUCUUUCAUAAACAUUUUUGUUUGAAAAAAAAAAGUGUCUCUUUUUCCCCAUACUCUGCAAUUUGGAGGGGGGAAUAUUGUAUACAAUACAAGAAAGUUAAGAAAACUAGUAGCCAAAAAAA